AUGGAAAUCAGAUCAUCCCCAGGGAAUCGUGUGGAAGAAAGCACAGAAGUUGACUUUGGAGAGACAAGCCAGGAGUGCUGGCAGAGUGGAGAGGACGGGAGCAACGUGAAGCUUUAUGAGACUCCAGGCAGAGUUGGGUCUCAGAGCUCGGAUUCGGAUUCCUCUGCAGCCCCAGGAAAUGCAGUGGACGUGAACAAUGAAAGCACUUCAGAGGGCUUUAUUUGUCCUCUGUGUAUGAAAUCUCAUGGAUCUGCUGAAGAACUUUUCAAGCACUAUGAAGUAGUUCACGGAUCUGGCAUCGAUUCAAGUCAUGGAGGAGACGAGCAUCCUUCACCGAAAAGCAAUGAAAUAUCACUACUCCGACAAGAAGUCCAAGAUUUGCAAGCUUCACUUAAGGAGGAGAGAUGGUAUUCAGAAGAGCUGAAGAAAGAAUUAGAAAAAGUGCAGCGCCAGCAAGAAUCUAAGCCUGAUGGAGUGACAACUGCUGCAUCUACAGAAUCAUUAGAACGGCAACUUGAAGAGACCCAAGUGGAAAAUUUUAAUAUUAAGCAGAUGAAAGACCUGUUUGAGCAAAAAGCCGCACAGCUGGCUACUGAGAUUGUAGAUAUUAAGGCAAAGUAUGAUGAGGAAAUGAGUCUUCGAGAAAGUGCAGAGCAGAAAGUGACAAACCUGAUGCAAGAACUACAGAAAGAGAGAGCCAUAAUAGAAGAUUUAAAGACUGAAUUGCUGCAAAGGCCUGGUGUGGAGGAUGUUUCCGUUUUAAAGAAGGAGCUGGUCCAAGUUCAGACAUUGAUGGACAAGAUGACUUUGGAGCGUGAGAGAGAAUCAGAGAAGCUGAAAGAUGAGUGCAAGCAUUUGCAGGCAGAGUAUGCGAACUCAGAGACACUUACAUUUGAGGCCACCAUAAAUCAGCUAAGGGCUGAGCUUGCAAAAGGCCCUCAGGAGGUUGCUGUGUAUGUGCAGGAACAACAAAAACUUCAAAGUUCAGUUAAUGAAUUAGCACAGAAAAACCAGAGUCUGACAGAAAAGCUGCUGAAGAAAGAACUUGAUUACACCCAGUUAGAAGAAAGGCACUAUGAAGAAUCAGUGAGUAAAAAAAAUAUGCAGGCAAGCCUUCACCAAAAGGACCUGGACCUGGAGCAGCUUCGGGCAAGGCUGUCUGCCUCUGAAGCCUCAUUGCAGAGAUUACAGACAGAACUGGGGGAGAAGGGGGAAGCAAGCCACAAACUUAAGGAAGAAUUGUCAGAAAUAGAGACAAAGUAUCAGCAUCUCAAGGCAGAGUUUAAACAGCUACAACAGCAGAGAGAGGAAAAAGAACAACAUAGCCUACAACUGCAGAGUGAGCUUAAUCAGUUGCACAGUAAACUUCUGGAGACAGAGCGCCAGCUAGGGGAAGCACAUGGUCGACUUAAAGAACAGAGACAACUCUCUAGUGAAAAACUGAUGGACAAGGAACAGCAGGUGGCUGAUCUGCAGUUAAAACUGUCUCGUGCUGAAGAGGAGCUAAAGGAAAAAGCAGCAAAUUGCACCGAAUUACAGCAUCAGUUAGAUAAAGCAAAACAGCAGCAUCAGGAGCAACAAACUCUUCAGCAAAGCACUACAGCAAAACUCCGAGAAGCCCAGAAUGAUUUGGAACAAGUACUGCGUCAGAUAGGAGAUAAGGACCAAAAAAUUCAAAACCUUGAGGCCUUGCUACAAAAGAGUAAAGAGAACAUCACCCUGUUAGAAAAAGAAAGAGAGGACUUGUAUGCAAAAAUUCAAGCAGGGGAAGGAGAAACUGCAGUUCUUAACCAGCUGCAAGAGAAAAAUCAUACUUUGCAAGAGCAGGUAACUCAGCUAACAGAAAAGCUGAAGAAUCAAUCGGAAAGCCAUAAACAAGCCCAAGAGAAUUUGCAUGAGCAGGUGCAAGAGCAGAAGGCAUAUCUGAGAGCUGCUCAAGACCGUGUGCUCUCCCUAGAAACAAGCAUUGGUGAACUAAAUAGUCAGCUAAAUGAAAGCAAAGAGAAAGUAUCCCAGCUUGAUUUACAGAUAAAAGCAAAGACUGAAUUACUGCUUUCAGCAGAAGCAUCAAAAGCCGCUCAAAGAGCAGAUCUUCAGAAUCAUUUGGACACAGCCCAGAAUGCACUGCAAGAUAAACAACAGGAGUUAAAUAAGGUCAACACUCAGUUAGAUCAGGUUACAGCUACGCUGCAGGACAAGCAAGAAUAUUGUACACAGCUGGAAGCCAAUCUUAAAGAGUAUAAAGAGAAACGUCUUUAUUUAGAACAGAAAAUGGAGGAGCUAGAGGGACAGCUUAAGAAACUUGAAGCUGACAUUCUUGAGGUUAAAGCAAGCAAAGAACAAGCUCUUCAGGAGCUACAACAGCAACGGCAGCAGUGUACAGAACUAGGCCUCAGAACAACAGAACUGACUAAACAGCUUGAAGCAGAAAGAGAAGUUGUAUCUAGUACUAAAUUGGAUUUGGAGAAGAAAUCUGAUGCCCUGGAACAAGCAAAACAGCAAAUAUCAAAGCAAGGGGAAGAAAAAGCAAGCCUUAAACGGGACCUUGAGAAAUUAAAUCAAGAGACAAAUAAACAACGUAAGGAACUAGAUGGCAAGAUUCAAGCAGCAACAUCAGAGCUGCAGAAAAUGAAGUUGGAGAAAGAAACUUUAUUGAAAGACCUUACAGUUACCAAAGACAAAUUAUCAAAAACCAUUGAAUCCUUGAAGGAUAUAAAGGAUGAAUUGGAAACGGAGAAACAGAAAGGAAAAGCCGCUGUAGCAGAAAUGGAAAAAUCUUGCCAAGAAACUAAACACCAGCUUCAAGUACAGACAGAGUCUGUAGCUAAAGAACGGAAUGAAUUGAAAAACUCACUGGAAAAACAGGAAGGGAUUUCUAAGCAGCUGACAAUUGAGCUUGAUUCAGCACGAGGACAAAUACUGGAGAUUCAGGGUGUCCUAAAAGAGAAGGAAAAGAAUGAGCAGCAUCUCCAAGGAAAGCUUAAAGAACUGAAGGAAUCAUUUGAUCAGAAGAAAAGGCAAACUGAAACACAGCAAGCUGAAUUAAAAGGUGCCCUUUUAGAAAAGGCAGAACUAGAGAAUAAAUUACAGCAGCAGGUAACAUUAUCAGCACAGGAGCUUAAAGCAGAGAAAGGAAAACUAGCAGAGCUACAGAAGAUCCAUGAAAAAGAUCAGGAAAAUAUGAAAGAACUUCAGCUGGAUCUUUAUGGUAAAGAAUCUGAGCUGUUGGCAACAAGGCAAGACCUUAAGUCCACAGAGGAGAAACUUGCUCUGGCUCAGGAGGAAUUAGUUUCAAACAGAAAUCAAAUUGGUAACCUUAAUCAGUUGAUCCAAGAACUUAAGACUAUAAAGGCUACUCUGGAGCAGGAUGUGUCAAAGAAAGAACAGCAGCUGAAAGAACAGAACAAAAUGUUACAGGAAAUCCAGAAAGACAAGGUUUUGAAAGAAAAAGAUUUGGCUAAUGAAAAAUCUAAAACAACAGAGCUCCAGGAAAUAAAGAGUAAGCUGGAAAAAGAUAGUACUAAAUUGAGUGAAGAGCUUAGGACCUGCAAGCAAGAAUUUGAGAAGGAGGUGACAAAUCUAAAGGAUGCGAAGCAGCUAUUGAUUCAACAGAAAUUAGAGCUGCAGGGCAAAGUAGAUAACAUGAAUUUAGCUCUUGAACAGGAGAAGAAGAAUCAGCAAAUUAUCAAAGAUCAGCUGAAAAAAAAAGAGGAAGAACUGAAGAAGGAAUGUGUUGAGAUUGAAACUAAACUGCGCACAGAGAUAAAAGAGAAAGAAGAAGAAAACAGAAAACGUGAGGAGGUGGAAGCCAAGCUCACCAUGCAGAUCACAGCUCUGAAUGAAAAUCUUGCUACAAUGAAGAAAGAGUGGCAGAGCAGUCAAAGGAGGGUCAGUGAGCUAGAGAAACAGACGGAUGAUUUGCGUGGGGAGAUUGCAGUUUUAGAAGCAACAGUACAAAAUAAUCAGGAUGAGAGGAGAGCAUUGCUGGAGAGGUGUAUUAAAAGUGAGGGAGAAAUUGAAAAGCUUCAAGCCAAACUCCUGGAACUGAAAAAAAAGCUGGACAAUACAACUGCAGCAAUGCAAGAGCUCGGCCGAGAAAACCAAUCGCUACAGAUCAAACACACACAAGCCCUAACCAGGAAAUGGGCAGAAGACAAUGAGGUACAGAACUGUAUGGCCUGUGGGAAAGGCUUCUCAGUGACAGUCAGAAAGCAUCACUGUAGACACUGUGGAAAUAUCUUUUGCGCUGAGUGCUCCGCAAAGAAUGCCUUAACUCCUUCUUCUAAGAAGCCUGUCCGUGUCUGUGAUACUUGUUUUAACGACUUACAAGGAUAA